AAGAAGCCACUCCCUUCAUAGGCGAUCGUCACUUAUAAAACCUACGCGAGCCAAAAUUUCACUGUCAAAAUUCACGCCAAAAGGUUCCUGAAUUUUGUCGGCAUCUUCAACUCGACGGCGUGAUGUUUCAGGAGAAAACUGAACAACAACAGAGCCAGCAACGCGCCACGAACACGGUGGCAGACCAAGUGGUGAUCGCAGUGAAAGCAGAGAAAGUGAUGUCCAAGGCAGCAUUGGCUUGGGCUCUCACUCACGUUGUCCAUCCUGGAGAUUGCAUAACGUUGCUUGCUGUCUUUACAAACGAAAAAUCCGGUAAAAAAUUCUGGAACUUUCCGAGGCUGGCAGGAGAUUGUGGGAGCAAUCAACUUGAGAGGUUGCCGGAUCGUGUUUGUGAAAUAUCUGAGAAUUGUUCUCAGAUGGUGCUUCAGUUUCAUAACCAAAUCGAGGUUGGAGUAAGGAUUAAGGUGGUAUCAAGUACACCCGGCAGUGUCGUGGCAGCUGAAGCAAGGCGCAAUGGAGCCAACUGGGUUGUACUGGACAAAAAACUCAGGCAAGAGCUGAAGCACUGCAUAGAGGAACUUCACUGCAACAUUGUUGUAAUGAAAGGUUCUAAAGCAAAAGUCCUUAGGCUUAACUUGGGAAGCUCGAAUGAAAUCCAAACCCCAUACUAUUCUGCUGCUUCUUCACCAGGAAUGGACGUCGGAAAGCUGCUGGGACACAGUAAGAAGCAUUCUACUCCAGUGAGCAGCCCUGAAGACCAAAGUACUUCAUACUCAAGAACCAGAGAAGAUUCAUCGUCAUUAAGCAAUGAUACAGAAAUGCCGCCUUUUCUUGUUUAUGAAAAAAAUCCUCUUUUUGUAGGACUGAAUGAAGAAAAAUACACAUCAAAAAAUAAUCAAAGCAACUACGAUGACCAGCUUAGAUCUAUGUACUCUGAUGGGGAAAGAAUCAUUUCUUUAUCAACGGAUCCAAUAUCAGCUGUAACCAGUGAUCAGAAGAGUGUAUUUUGGAUUCCCCAAAACCACAUUGUUGAUGAGAAGGCCCCCAUAACCCGGAAUUGCAAAAAUACUUGCGAAAUUAAAUCCCCAACUUCAAGAACUCUUCUUGAUAAGUUUGUGCAAUAUGAUCAAGAUGCUCGGGCUGGGAGGCUCGACCAUAGCCAUCAAAAAGAGAAUGUAAGCUCAGGUAUCAAACAUGCAGUUUCUUUAGGUAGAAGUUCUUCAGCGCCCCCUCCUUUAUGUUCUUUGUGCCAACACAAGGCACCCACUUUUGGAAAACCUCCAAGACAGUUCUCUUAUGAGGAGCUGGAGGAAGCUACAGAAGGAUUCUCGGAUAUGAAUUUCUUGGCGGAAGGUGGUUUUAGCAAUGUUUACAGAGGGGUGUUAAGGGAUGGGCAGGUAGUUGCAGUGAAGCUCUUAAAGUAUGGUGGCUCUCAAGCAGAUGCUGAUUUCUGCAGGGAAGUGAGGGUAUUGAGCUGUGCACAACACAGGAACGUUGUGUUGUUAAUUGGGUUUUGCAUUGAUGGCAAGAAGAGAGUAUUGGUUUACGAGUACAUAUGCAAUAGGUCACUGGACUUCCAUUUACACGGAAACAAAAGACCACCUCUAGAUUGGAACCUAAGGAUGAAAAUAGCAAUCGGGACAGCAAGAGGUUUACGGUAUCUUCAUGAAGAUUGCAGAGUGGGUUGUGUGGUGCACAGAGACAUGAGGCCUAAUAAUAUCCUCGUAACCCAUGAUUUUGAACCUAUGGUUGCUGAUUUUGGGCUAGCUAGGUGGCACGCUGAAUGUAAUAUCAGUAGCGAAGGGCGAGUGAAUAGAACUUCAGGGUAUCUUGCACCAGAGUAUAUCAAUAGUGGAAAGACUACGCCGACAGUUGAUGUAUUUGCAUUUGGAGUGGUUUUAUUAGAGCUAAUGACAGGUCAAAGAAUCAGCAAGUUGCAAUUUUACAAGGGACAGGAUUUUUUAUCUGACUUGAUCCACCCUGUCUCUGCAUUAGAACCAUGUCAUGCCUUGGAAAAUAUUUAUCAAUUACUGGAUCCAUGUUUGGCCUCAGAGCAACUCCCUGUCUUUGCCUAUCAACUACAAGCUGUGGGCCUAGCCACUUCCUUGUGCCUCCGUCAAGAUCCAGAGACCAGACCUCCAAUGUCAAAGGUCCUUAGAAUACUUGAGGGAGGAGAUUUAGCAGUUCCUCUGAGCUUAGACUUGAAUUCAGUUGGCAAUAGAAGUGGCCGUCUGCAUGGUGUGAGCUUGAACACAAAGCCUGACGGAAGGAGGGGUCAUUCUCGUAAGCUUUCUCACUGAAAAUUGAUUUUGCAGUAGUUAGCACCACUUAUAUGUAUAAUAAUGAUAUGGGCUUCGGGGUUAGGUGAUCUUCUGUUAAAUGUAUAGCCGAGCACAGUUCGGAUCUUCCAUAGGUGAGCUGUUUUCCUAUUUUCUAACGUAAAUGGUGACAUGAUUCUUCUUUUA